AUGUAUAAGCGUGAUCGUCCUUGGGGCAUCACCACUUUUUCUAAUAGCUGCAAUUUUCCAUUUUCUGUGGCUAAAAAGGUCAUCUCUUGUCUCCAAGAAGCUGGUGAGAAAAUUAUAAGAGGCCGUGGUCCAGGGGAAAGACUAAUGAUUGCGAAUAUGAAGCACGUGUCAAGGAAUCCCUUUAUUAAGAAACUAUGGAUUUAUAUCUUUAAGGAGGUCAAACGCAAAUCUGAGAAUGCAAAUGAUCUGGCAGAGGUGAGGGAAAUAUUUGAGGCUCGAGGUAACCUAUUUCUCGAAAGUACGCCAGUGGGAAUCGAAUGCGGCCAUCUUUUAAUGUAUGUCACUGAGGUUAAUUACAUCGAUAGUAUAAUGAUGUGGCAUCUUGCUACCGAAAUGUGGUACGAGAACGAAAAAUCUACUGGCAAAAACGAUGAAAGGGAAUUCAGUAAGAUCCUCUCCGACUACAUGCUAUAUCUUUGCCUUAAUCAGCCCAACUUGGCAUUUUCUGUGGAGGGGGUUGCCCAAAUGGAAUCAGUGGCGAGGGUGCGCAAGCUAUGGGGCCAUGUUGAUGGUGCGACCAAGGAUGUGAAGGGGCUGUGGGAGAUAUUGUCAGGUAUUUGCGAACCGACAUCCCUGCUCCGUGGACCGGGGAUUUUGGCUCUAAAGUUGGGUAGCCUUGAGGAUUUGAAGGGGAGGGUGAUGAGCGGAGUAUGGGUUGAGAUGCUGUCAUAUGCAGCAAGUCAUAUAAGGGGAGAGGCACAUGGGAAGGUGCUAAGCAAAGGUGGAGAGCUUCUAACCUUUGUCUGGCUAUUAAUGGCUCAUUUCGGCUGUCUAUAUAUACCUGAAUGGGGCAUGCACUAUGAACCCUUGGGGGAAUGGACCAAUUUCUCUAACUUCUAA